AUGGGGAGGAAUACGACGAUGCUGACGAGCAUGGCCGAUCAGAAAACUCAGGCACCCAAAGCAAAACAAACCGGAAUGUUCACCGGCAACACGCUGACGUCACCUUGGCACUACUUUUCUGAUCAUCCAUGCUCAUCAUCAUUAUCGUAUUCCUCCCCAUUUUCUUCAGCUCUCUGUAACUGGGUUUGGUUUGAGUUGAGUUUCCGAGGAAGAGAGAGUGGAGCAGAGAGGGAAAGUGUGUUAGGUGCUAUAAACGUGACUUAUUUAACAGAGUCAUGGAUGGAAUGUCUCCCACUCUAA